GAGGAGGUGACCCUCCCUCACGUUCCUUUUCAUUUUAAACUUGUCCGCCAUUUUGAGUGACAAAUUACAGUGACGCCCCGAUAAUAAAAGACCUCUCUCUCUCUCUCUCACGUAAUAAUUGCACUAAAUAAAUCACCCUCUUUGUUCUGUAUAUAUAUAUAUAACUGCUCUAUUAUAUUCAAGUCUCAAUGAUGCAGAACAACAAGACGUUUUUCAAAUUCAACAUUUCGGUGCUAAAGUUUUGCUUCUUAUGGGAAAACGAUCCGGAUUAUCAGUAUAACUGGACCAGAGUGAUCAAGGAUUUGAUCAUGAUCUCUUCUCUGAUGCCUUGCGCCAUUCCCAUAUUGGCGGAUUUCAUUAUACAGUUGUGCGAUGGCGUGCCCAACCUGACGGCAGCAGUAGAAAACAUGAUCGCUUUGAACUGCAUCGUAGGCAUGAUCUACAUGGUCAUUUGUUUCAUCAACAAUAGGCGGACGAUUAUUAAGUUGAUGAAAAGCAUCGACUACUUCGAUAAAUACGGCAACUCCUCUACGACCAUCAGAACCGAGGAGAACGCGAACCUGUUCAGCAAAGUCUUCAUGUUCUACGGCAUCGUGGGCAACUUCGUCUACAUGCUGAUGCCCCAAUUGAGCGUGAACAAAUGCUACCGAUCGCGAACCAGUCAAAUGAUCGAGGACGGGGUUCCGUGCGGACUAGUCGUACGUAGCGCCUUCCCUUUCCGCUUCGACCUCACCCCCGUCUUCGAAAUCGUUUUUAUCCAUCAGAUCUACACUUGCACCAUGGUGACCGUGGUGGUGGUGGUGCUUACCAUGCUACUGUGCGGGUUCCUUAUGCACAUCGUGAAUCAGAUAGAGAACCUUCGCUUGUUUGUGGACCAAUUGCACCAUCAUACACCUCAGGGGGAGAAGUUCACCGAGAAGUUGUUGUUCGUGAUUCGGUACCAUAUCGACGUGAUUGAGUACUCGCAGAGCACCGCGGACGCUUUUAGUACCAUGCUCCUGUUUUAUAUCACGCUCACCUCGUUGGUUUUGAGCGUUUUAUGUUUCGAGAUCAUUAUGGUGGACGCCAUUGAGGAUUCGGUCAGGUUCACUUUGCACCUGUUCGGCUGGAUCGUCAUCUUGUUCUCCGUGUGUUAUAACGGGCAACUGGUGAUAGAUCAGAGUCUGGCCGUGGCUCAAGAUAUUUAUUCGUUGGACUGGUUCGAUUGUCCUCUGGAUACUCAGAAGAGGAUCAAAACGAUCAUGAUGCGGUCUCAGAAGCCGUUGGUGAUGGACGCGGCCGGUAUGGGGGUGAUUUCGUUGCCGGCGUUUUUAAAAGUUCUGAGUUCGGCCUAUUCCUUCUUCACCCUCUUAUUGAAGUUUAAGCAAUAAAUUAUACGAGUAUAAUAAAG